GUCAGAGUCAUUGGCGCUUUGUGUUAUCUCAUAUUUCAAACACAAGACCCUCGAACUUGGCUACGGGGGUGACGCUUUUAAACGAGUCGAAGCUGUCAAAAAUGAGACAUUUUAAUGGAAGUUUGUCUUUAUAAAUGACGCAUGCAUUUACGAAGACGGAACCAACCAGUUGCUGGAUUUUCCGCAGUAAAUGUAUUUUAUUUUUUAAGGCACCAUGUUUGAACCCCCCGAGACUCUCCUCAAAUAUGAGACCCCAGUUUUAAUCAGCAAAACCACAGAUAAAAAAUCGUCAAAGGGGGGCCGUCCUUUCAAAGUGAGCUCCCAACCGCAUGCAGACUCUCCUGUGCCACCACCCCCGAAAGCCAAAUCAUCUGCAGCUGAAUCCACCAGGCAGCAAAAUGAGGACAUACUCAACCUCAUCUUUCCACCCAGGGAAUGGAUGGAGGGAAACCAACUGUGGGUGCAGCAAGUGUCCAGUGCACCGUGCACUCGAGCAGACGUGGUGAACCUUGAAGAACUACUAGACAGGAAGCUGCAGCAACGGCGUGCCAUAGAGACGGGAAUAUGCCCUGUGCGAAGAGAGCUUUAUACGCAGUGCUUUGAUGAGCUGAUCAGACAGGUAACCAUUAAUUGUGCAGAGAGGGGUCACUUGCUGUUGCGGGUCAGAGAUGAGAUCCAAAUGACCAUUGCUGCUUACCAGACGUUUUAUGAGAGUAGUGUUGUUUUUGGCAUGAGGAAAGCUUUGCAGGCUGAACAGGACAAAGUGGAUAUGGCAAGAAGAAUUGCCGAGCUGGAGAAGGAGAAACAGGAGCUGGAGAAAGAGUUGCGGGACGAAAAGGCUAAAUGUGAUGCUAUUGAAAAGACAGAAGAAGAAAAACAUGAAGUGCAAGAAAAGAAAUACACAGAGCAGAUUCAGUUCUUGAAGAGAACCAAUCAGCAGCUCAAGGCCCAGUUGGAAGGGGUUGUGACGCCAAAGUAACUUAUCAAGAUGGAGUAACUAUGUCACUAGAGAAUGUCAAAUGUAUUUUUUAAUGAAUGGAUAUGCGUAAUCAUUUAAAAAUAAAUGUUUUCAUAAAAGUAUUAGCAUCAUUGAAGUUUCAUUCAAAGAAAAAAAUC